AUGGAAAGUUCAUAAACUAAAAAUUUCACUUUAAAGUAUUUCCCGAUCAGACAAGACUACGUCUAUGCUUAGAUCUCAACUCAAAUGAAAGAGACUGACUUCAAUUAACUUACUGGAAUCACUCCUGGUGAGACUCAAAGUGCUGAUGGAAGAGCAUUGAUAUUGUGUUUCGAUUAAAGUGGCUCAAUGAGUGGAAAGCCAUUUGAAGCCUUAUAAAAAGGUGCUAUCAUGAUUGGUGAAUCUAUAUUUGCAACUAAGGAUUAUGAGAAGGUAUCAGUUUGUUACUAUGACGACUCAGUCCAUGCAAUGGAGGCUAAUGACUUGAUUGGCUAUCAAAAAUAUGUGAACAGUCAAUGCAUCAGAGGAAGCACUAACUUUGUAGCAGUUUUCAAGUACAUUGAGCAAUUUCUCACAUAGUAUUCUGGCAGAAUUAGAGAUGUUUCAGUUAUUUUCUUCACUGAUGGCCAAGAUACUUGCAAUAAUAAGGAAGUGAUUGAAAAAUCAUUGCAAAACUUGAAAGCAUACUUAUAGAAAAACAAUCUGAACUCGAGAUUCCUGACAGUUGGGUUCACUUCUUCUCAUGAUGCUCCUUUCUUGAAUCGCAUAUCUAAUACUGGUAGUGAGUUGGGUAACUUCUUCUAUAUAAAUACUGAUACUGGAGACUAUUCUCAAUAAAUCUAAGAGUGUCUAUCUUAGUCUGUGUCAAUGGCAGGUAGAUAAGAUGGCCUUGCUCUUAACAUUUCAUCUCAUGCCUUUGAAUUGAAGUAAAAGCUUAAUCUUCAAAAGAACUAUGUGAUUGAGGAAUCAAAGGAAAAUGAAGAUGGAGAUGGAGAUGCUGAAAUGAAUGAGGAAAUUAAAAUGGAUGAUAAUGCUAAUGAAUUACUAGAGUUUUCAGAGUAGAUCAUCAUUAGAGAGGGAGCACUUUAAGACUUAAGGGGUGAACUUGUAUUUGGUAAGAAAACUAUCAAUAUCACCUUUGAGUUGGUGCAUGUCGAGAACCCACCUGCAGAAGUUCUUUCAAGAGCUCAGAUAAAGUAUAUUAAUAAACUUAUCUUUGAAACUGUCCAAGAAAUUCAAUCUGACAUUAAAGUAAGAACUCACACUGAGCUAUUGGAGUAUAUCAUGAAUCUUGAUAAGGAACUAGACUCUUUUGUUGAAUCUUCAAUGAAAAUCAAGGAUAGAGAUCUCAGAAAGGUGAUUAUGGAGGAAAUUGGUGAAUGCAAAGAUAAGACCUCCAAAGUGAUGGAGGUAUUGAGAGCAUCCACUGGUGGACGCAUCAACAAUGUUCAAAUCGCUUAAUUGAAUGAUUUGGCUUACAAGGCUGUCAGAAAGAGAGGACUUCAAAAGAAGCUUGAUGAAAGAGCUGUGAAGAAUGAAGGAUUCUAUAAAAAGCUAGAUUAGUAACUUAAAGGUGUAGCUAAGAAAAUGGACUUCAAGGCCUUAAGAGAAGAAUAUAAAGAUUUAAUAGAUAUGAUUGGAAGCUGUCCCAUAUCAACUAAUGAUUUGAUUCAAACCAUGGAAGAAUCUGACUGUAUGUGUCUUGGUCUAGAUGUUGGCAGAUCUGAGGCUGCUAUUGCUGAUCCUACCAGACUUGUUAUCAAGGAUAUUAUUCCAACAUUCAUGUCAGCUGAUAGCUUCUUAACUGUUGCUGCUUUUACAAUCAAAAGAAAUGAAGAGGCUCACGGUGGUUAUGACGUUAAGAAUCAAGGUUAAUUAGCCUUAGGUGUAGGCAGAGAAAACAUAACUGGUAUCAUGCCUCUAUAUUUGUUCAAAGAACAUUGGGAAUUUGCAAGAAGAAAGGCUCCACCUGUCUAUGGUUUCAUUACCACUCUUGAUGUAAUGGGAUAUGCUUCAUCUUAGUAUUUCACAGUUCCAUAUCUUGUACUAUUGAAAGCAUUGGAAAAGAAUAACUCUCAAAAGGUUGAAAUCUACUCCAAGAUCGUUACCCUUGUUCUUGAAACUUGCAAGAACAUUAUGAGUUUCAAUGAGGAGCAUAGAAAGAUGGCUAUUCAACAAAUUGUUGAUUUCCAUAAAAAUCCUGAAUCUAGAACUGCUGAUAUUGUAGCAUCAAUCCCAGUGAUGCUCGCACAGCUCUAUGUUAUAACCUUAGUAGAGAACUAUGAAUCUUAUUUGCCUGAGGACUUCAAAUUAGACUAGCCUACACUAGCAAACAUUUUCAGAUUCGCUUUCGAGGAACACUCUAGAAGAUGUAUCAGAUCAGAUGCUGAGAUUCUUACCAAGAACACUAUUCUCAAAGCUCUGUUCCCAGAUUACGCCACAUAUGUAGAUGAAAUCAUGAAAGUAAAGGAAAUCGAGAUUCAAAAUGAGUUCAAGAAAGAUGAUAAGUAAGGUGCCUCAAGUGAUUAAUUCUCUGAAUACACUAGCCAAGCAAACUUCUUCAAGGCUUUAGACUAGGCUAAUCUUAAAACUAUUAGCAAUGAAGAGGAAUCAAAUGAGGAAGAAAAGAAGGAAGAUUCAAAAAUUUCAGGAGGAGAGGAAAAGAAAUAAGAUGAAAAGGUUGACUUAAUAAAGGCUGCAGAUGAUGCGGUCGCUAAACUUCCUUGGUAAAAUGCUUUGAAGAUUGAUGGAAGUGAUUCACUCAAAUUGGUAAGCAGCUCUCAAAAAUACUUCAAUAAGAAGUAGUAGGAUUUGAUCAUUUUAGCGAAUCUAUUGAAGGUUGGAGAUUUGAAAGGUUUCGGAGACUUGCCAUAAAUAAACAACGAUAAUGAAGUUAUGCUAUCCUUAUUCUUGCAGAAUGCUAUGAAUCCAAAGAAUCACCACAGAAGAGAAUCAAUAUAGAAUAAAAACUACAGAGAGAUAUUGAACACUCAAGAUUCUUAGAACUAUCUAAGAAAUAUCCUUCUCUCCCAAUUAAGAAAUGAAUUUGCUGGAAGGGAAAGUGCAAUAAGAAGUGUAUAUCUAGGUGCUAAGUCAAGUGCUUAAGUGUAAUUGUUCCUCGAUGCUCCUAAUAUCUACACUGCUGCUGCCAUAAUGUGUUAAAAUCAUUUCAGCCUUGGUUAAGGUGAUUACUCCCUGCUCAUUUAGGCUUUAAUAGAUCAAUCUUUGACAUUGUCUGAUGCAAGAGGAAAGCUCUAAUUGGUUUGUUAAGGUCAAUACUUUGGAACUAAACUCUAUAAGGAUGCUUUUAAGAUAUAUCCAGCUAAUUUUAAUCCUUGCAAAACAAGUUUAUACAGAUUGUACAUGAAGCUCGUUAAAAAUGGAAAUAAGGUAACUCAUGAGGAAUUUUUAAAUCUCUUCCCUCAUAUCGCUGCAAAAGCCGAAGUUUGGGACAAGGUUUUAGAUAAUAGUGGAAAGAUUGCAGAAAAUUUGGAUUGGUUUAAUUUGCAUAAUGCAUAAGUUAAGCAACAGAAAUUGCAAGAAAAGAAUUAGAGAUUGGCUCAGCAAAGCAAAAAGUUGAAAUUCUGA